GGAACAAAAGAAUGGAGCUUCGGCUUCGCAUCUCAAAAUUAGCUAUAUAUGAUGCUACUAUCUUUCUCCUGCAUCGUUUUCAUCGUUAGGGAGAUACGAUAUUUUUUCCUCUAAAACUUGUAAGAGAGCCUCUGCCCUUGUUUUGCAUCUGCGUUUUCUUACUCUUCCUGGGAUUUGCUUCUAAAAUUUUGAAGGUUUCAUCUCUUUCGGGGUUGAAGUGAGUUAUGUGUUAAAUCUCAAAAGCAAUGGCAGAGCUGUCAAGCAUGGAAGCUCCUAUAACAGAGGUGGACCUUGGGCCCGAGAAGAUUGAAGUAGAGAAAGAAGGAGGCCCCGUGUUUCAUUGUGAUCUUUAUGAUACAGAAGUAGUUCACAAGGUGGCUGAAGCACUACUUCCUGGGUUAGCCACAGCAUGUGUUGAUAAUACAGCAGGAGGUCUCUUCAACACACCUGGUUCAGUGGCUGCUGACUUUAGAAAGGAAAUCGUAGAGUACCUUACCAAGAGAAGCGAGUCCUUUGUUGCCGAGUUGGUUGUGUUAGAAGGAGGACCAGAUAGUGAACUUCUGGAGAACCCUUUUGAGAUCGUUUCAGUUUUUGUGGAUGACUUUGCAAUUGAAAAGAGGAAUCUGUUCAGUCGCUUUUCUGGCUGGCUGCUAAGUGAAAGAAGAGAAGACAGAAUAGAUGAUAUCGUUCAGGAAAUGGAGAUGAAUGGUUUUUGGACUCUAGAGAGAAGACAAGCAAUUGCUGCAGCUUUAGUUAAGAAUGUUGACUUCAAGAACUUGUUUCAUUGCGACAUGAAGUUCACCUCCUUGGAAGAACUUUCCAACCAUGCUCAUAAUUGCGGCUUUAGGCCUAUCAUAUGUCAUAACCAAGGUUGUGAGGCUAGAUUCUGUGCAAGUCAUUUGGAGAAGCAUGAUUCAGAAUGUCCUUUUAAGAUAAUUCCGUGUGAGCAGAAGUGUCCAGAGCUCAUUAUGAGACGUGAGAUGGACAGACACUGCAUAACAAAAUGUCCCAUGAAACUUGUGAACUGUCCUUUCUAUGCUGUGGGGUGUCGGACCCCUGUUGCACAAUGUUUCGUCGAUAAACAUCGUUCUGAUGAACUUCAUUCUCAUGUCCUCUGCGUUCUUAAAGGCAUCUACAAAGAAGCAUCUGAAGAAGAUCUUAAACCACGAGUGGAGCAACUUAUGCAGGCAUCAUCAAACAGCAGGUUAGCAGAUGCUCGAGAUGUGAGAUUUUUAACUUCUGUUGUCAAGGAUCUUGAUUCCAAGCUAGGGCCUCUGGUGAUCACUGUGAAGACAGAAAAUGAUGUGGAGAAUAAUGCAGAGAAUGGAGAUGGUAACAUAAAAGAAAAGGACAGUGAACAAAGCAUACAAACAUCAAGCAAGGAAAAUUCAUUGGAUAAAACCGAAGUCACUGUGGAGACGAAAAAUGAUGCGGUGAAUGAAGAUAGUAACAUCAAGGAAACGGAUAAUGAAAAGAAUACACAGAUGUCAAGUGAGGAAAAUUCAUCAAAUAAAGUUGAAGUCACUGUUGAGAUGAAAAACGAUGCAGAGAAUGAUCAAAACGAAGAUAAUAACAGCAAAGAAAAGGACAGUGAACAGAGUACACAGAUGUCACGCAUGAAAAGUUCAUCUGAUAAAGUCGAAGUCAAUGCCAUUGUAAAUAAAGAUAGUGUUGAUGAUUAUACCGAUAAGGAAGGCAAUGGCGUCAACAAGGGCAACGAAAGAAGUAUAGAGACUUCGAAGGAAGAAAAUUCAUCAGGUAUGAAAAAUUCAUCUGAUAAAGUUGAAGCCAGUGCCGUUAUAAAUAAAGGUAGUGUUGAUGAUUAUAACAAUAAGGAAGAUAGUGACAUCAACAAGGGCAGCGAAAAAAGUGUAGAGAAUUCAAAGGAAGCAAAUUCAUCAGGUAUGAAAAAUUCAUCUGAUAAAGUUGAAGGCAGUGCCGUUACAAAUAAAGAUGGUGUUGAUGAUUAUACCAAUAAGGAAGAUAGUGACAUCAAAAAGGGCAGCGAAAAAAAUAUAGAGACUUCCAAGGAAGCAAAUUGAUCAAAUGAAGCAGAAGUCAACAAUGUGAAUACUGCACAGGUCGACAAUAAGGACAAGGAUAUUGCAGGUGGCAGUUUAAAAACCAUAUGAAAAGUGGAUCGAAAAAAGUUGAAGUCACUACUGCAAACGAAGAUGCUGUUGUGAGAAACAUCAAGGAAACAAAUACUAAAUGUUAAAAAGAAUUAAGAUGAGGGUAGUUCCUAAAAUACUGUAUAGAACAAAGAUGUUGGAGAUGAUGCCUUACAAGACAAGGGUAGUGAAGGAACCAUUCAGGUGUCCAUGGUGGAAAAUAUAGCGCGCAGAUCCAAUUGAGGCCAAUGCAUAGUAAAAGAAUAGUGCGAAAAGGUGAAGACUAGUGAAAAGAAGAGAUGUAGUUCUAUUCCAGCUAACUCAUCAGAUAAAGCUGAAGUCCUAGUUGAGAGCUUAUCUAAUGAACUCUUACAAAAUCUUUACCUUCUUAGGAGAUUUUUCACUUUACAAAGUAACUUGCACACAUGCCAAUUUCUCUUGUUCAGAGUGCUCUAGCAUCAUUUAGAUAUAUAUCUUCUGGUUUCUUUUUUUUGUGUGUGUGUUUUUUCCCCCUUUUUGUCAACUACCCUUUUAUUAUUGGCUACUUUGUUUGCCACUUGUUUUUUUUUUUUCCCUUGUUUAUUAAUUUAUCUUAAUCUUGACAUGCUUACAAACAUAAAGAGGGCGUUGGAGUAGAAA